AUGGGGCUGAUGUCUCCAGGAAGGUCCCCAGAUGGCCAGAUCGCACUGAGCGGGCUACGGAUGAAGGCCCUCCAGGAUCUCCGCUCCAACUCCACCAAAGCCACCGAGCUGCUGCUGCAGAGCACCGAAGCCCUCGUGCUUCAAGCCACCCUCAGACGCCCCGGCUCCGGCCCCCAGAGCUUCAACAUCUCCAUCAUGGAGGCAGUGGCGGAGGUGGUGCGGGACGACUGCCCCCAGGCUACGCUGGUGCUGGCGGGGGGUGAGCAGAACCUGACCAUCAGCUGCCACGACGCGCCGCGGGACGUGCCUCGAGUGGGCUGUGCUCAGCAGGUGCUGCGGGCAGGCGAGGAGCUGAGCUGCGUCUCCUGGGAGAUGGUGGGCACCAAAGGCCGCUGGACGCCGGAGGGCUGCUUCCGCGUGGGAGGUGACCCCCUCUACUCCGUCUGUGCCUGCACCCACUUCUCCACCUUCGCCAUCCUCGUGGCCACUCGACCCAUAAAGGAGCCCUUUGCGCUGGUGGUGGUGUCCUACGUGGGGAUCUCGGUGUCACUGGUCUGCCUCUUCCUCACCAUUGUCACCUUCCUCCUGUGCCGCUCGCUCUGGAGCGUCAGCGGCACCCUCCACCUGCAGCUCAGCAUCUGCCUCUUUGCUGCUGACCUCCUCUUCCUCGUGGCCACGCACCGCACUGGUAACAAGCUGGCGUGUGCCAUCACAGCGGGCUUCCUCCACUACCUCUUCCUCGCCUGCUUCACCUGGAUGUUCCUGGAGGGUUUGUACCUCUUCCUCACUGUCAGGAACCUUCACGUCCUCAACUACACCAGCGCCAGUCGCUUCAGGAAGAGAUAUGUCUACCCCAUGGGCUACGGCACGCCAGCCAUUGUGGUGGUCAUCUCCGCCGCCGUCCACCCCAGCGGCUACACCAAUGAGCACUACUGCUGGCUGAGCAUGGAGGAAGGCUUCAUCUGGAGUUUCCUCGGUCCCGUCUGCGUUGUCGUCCUGGUGAAUUUGCUCUUUUUUCUCGCCACCCUUUGGAUGCUGCGGGACAAACUCUCUGCCCUCAACGCCGACGUCACAGUCCUAAAAAACAACCGGCUGAUGACGUUCAAGGCACUCGCGAACAUCUGCGUCCUGGGCUGCACGUGGGGCCUGGGCUUGCUGCAGGCGCAGGGGGACAACAUCGCGGUGGCCUUCGUCUUCACCAUCAUCAACAGCCUGCAGGGAGCCUUCAUCUUCCUCAUGCACUGCGUCCUCAACCGGCAGGUGAUGGAGCAGUACCGGCGCUGGUUUAGGGCGCUGAGGCGACGAGCGCACCCCCCCGAGAUGCCCACCAGUGAGAUACAUGUCACCUACGUCACGAUCCGACCUACUUCCAGCAUUUUCCUCAAGAAACAACCAAUUUCCAGCAUUUUUCUGUGGAACGACCCGUUUCCGGCGUUCUUCCUGCAGGUUUGA